AUGGAGCGGAGCGGCAGCGCCGGGACCGGCUCCGGCAUCACCGGCAUCACCGGCAUCACCGGGAUCACCGGGAAUACCGGGAGCGGUCGGGCAGCGCCGCCUGGCGGCCCGCGGGGGACACUGCUGCCCGCGCUCUGCCUGCUCCUGGCGCUGCUCCCGCUGCCCCCGGCCCGGGCACUGCCCACCCCAGCCCGGGCACUGCCCACCCCAGCCCGGGCACUGCUCACCCCCGAGGCGCUGAACCGCUCCAGGGAGCUGCUGGAGGCCGCCGACACCUCCCUCCAAAGGCUGAAGGAACUCGACACCCUGGGAUUUGAAUGUACCCUUGAAGAGGUUGAUCCUGAAGAUAUCACUAAGAACCAAACAAACACAAUAAAAGCUUGCACAUCUGAAGGUCUAGAGACUGGGAACUGUCCAGCACUGGAAGGAUCAACUUUUGAUAAGGGUAAAUGCCUGCAGGGCAUCUAUGAGGAUCUGAGUGCCUACAGGGCAGAGCUCAGCAACUUCCACGAUCACAAAGUGCUGGCAAGUCUUGAUGAGAUGAUGAAAGCCCUGAACAGCAGCCGGAACGUUCCGGAGCCGCCGGCGGGAGCGGGAGCGGAGUCGUUCCCGGCGAGGCUGCGGCUGUGCCGGGUGCUCCAGGCCCUCCGGAUCCGCUCCCUCACCAUCUCCAGGAUGAUGAACUUCCUGAGCUCCCCGGAGAGCUCCCUGUGAGCGCCCUCGGCAAAAAUCCACCCAACCUGAGGAUUCCUUGGAGAGAAAAA